ACUUCCAUGUUUGCGUACCAAAACUCAUACAAUCACCAUCGAGUAAUAUAUGUUUUGUUAAAUUUUAAAUUUAAUUUUACAAGAUUUUAAUAUUUUGAUAGCUAAAAAGAUUAUAUUAAAGCAAAAAUGUGGUAAUAAUUUUCAAAACUUGUCAACCUUAGUGAUUUGACUCAACUACUAACUAUGUUCACAUAAAUUCUGGCAAGAGUUGGGUACCUGUAGUUAAAAAUAUGUACUUUUUGAAAACAAAUUUUCAAAUAAUGUUUUAAAAAGUCGUUAAAUCCAGCGGCGAGGAAUUCGAAAUAAAAAUCCAACGAUGGAAAUAUAAUAAAACCAAAAACUGAGGGGUUAUAUAUAACUGUAUAAUAUCCCUUCUACACAAUCCCACUGCUUACUCUCGAGAGACUAUUCCACUAAGUAAAAGAGGAGAGAGAAAAGGAGACUCGCUUCAAGUCAAGUAUUUAUCUUAUUUUAAGACUGGUCUUUUCGUGAGGUUAUGAACGUGGCAGUUAUAGGAUUAGUCGGACUGAGAAAAAUGGGGAGGAAGACGUGGGUCGACGGCGACGGGAUGAAGAAAGGAGAGUGGACGGCGGAGGAAGAUCAAAACCUUGUCGCUUAUAUCAAUGAGCAUGGGGUCUCUGAUUGGCGUUCUCUCCCCAAAAGAGCUGGUUUGCAGAGAUGUGGAAAGAGCUGCAGGUUAAGGUGGCUUAAUUACCUAAGGCCUGGGAUUAAAAGAGGCAAAUUCACUCCUCAGGAAGAAGAAGAGAUCAUCAAACUUCAUGCUGUUCUCGGAAACAGGUGGGCAGCUAUUGCCAAGGAGAUGGAUAAUCGAACAGACAACGACAUCAAGAACCAUUGGAACUCUUGUCUCAAGAAAAGACUGUCGAGGAAAGGAAUUGACCCGAUGACCCACGAGCCUAUCAUCAAUAACCUCACCGUCACGAUCACUAAAGAAGAAUGUGGUAGCUCUUCAAUAACUACAUUUUCUCCUACCUCAUCACCUUCCGGCUCGGCUUGUCUCCUGAACAAGCUCGCCACAGGUAUCUUAUCUAGACAACAUGAUCUCGACAAGAUUAAGAGCAUCUUGCUGGAGCCGAGAAUCGCAAGCAGUGACCAAGAUGAAAAAGAAGAGGUAAAAAGGGAUCACACGAUUGGUGGUGGUGAAGAAGGUGAUGAUUUUCUGAUAUGGGACGAUGAAGAAGUUAGGCGUUUUAUGGAGAGUGACGAAAUGGAGUACGGGACGACGCCGUACGUCUCUCUCUUUUACGAAAGUACUCACGUACUUGAUGACCUCCUCUGACUCCGUUCGGUACUAGUGUGUGCUGUUAGCAUAUGAUUUAUUGUUGCAACAAAGAAAAUUAAUGUGGACCACUUUGACCAAGAGAACGGUUGUUAAAAAAUGCAAGUAGCAUUACAAAAUACAAGAUGAAUUUUAGAAAAAUAAGUCGAGUCCAACGAUGACUGUUUCGUUUAGUACUAUUUAACAUGAGAUUUUCCAUGUUUCUGUUAAUGUGACAAGUCACAAGUCACACAACCAACCUAUUCCCAUUAUGUGCUGGAAAAACAUCUCGAAACAUAUAAUCUACAGAAAUAUGUCCUGCGCCAUAUAUAUAUCGAAUAAAGAUGUAAAAGUGAAAUCUGUUGUUUUUAUCUUGCAAGUUGCAAGGGAUGGUUUUAAAUAACUUAAUUAAAAGUUUUUGGAUUUAUCAUCAAAAUGAUCAUUACAAAGAGCCA